GACAUCGUCAUUGAGGGAAUGAUUGAUUAAAGGGCCGACUUCCCUUCCUCCCAGUACUUACACUUCAGCGGUACAUCGUUUCUGUCCGAAGCCCCUAGAUGGUGAUUAUACAAUUGCUUCUCCACCACCCUCGUCACCUGGCUGAGACACACGCACUGUCUGUUCAUCGGACCAUCGAAUGUGAUUGCCACCGCUUCGAACAGCUAUAUGAGCACAGCACCACGUCCACCUAAAAGUACCGUGAAUACUUGCGCUAGUUCAAGCCUCGACAAUUCUCAAGCGUCCUAUUGACGUUCUGUCUCAAAUCAGUCUAGCAAAAUCAUUCAUUUCGCAAUCAUGACUGGCGAAGUCAACCUUCCCGCUCAGACUCUCGAGGGGAAAGUCGCCAUUGUUACGGGCUCGAGUCGUGGCUUGGGAGCCGAGAUGGCGAUGGACUUGGCUAGGAGAGGUGCGAAGGUAGUGAUAACACACACGUCGCCAUCCUCCGAGUCGAAAGCCGCACAACUCGUCUCAGACAUAAAUGGUCUACCCUACUCGUCGCAGGCAAUCAGCGUACGCGCCGAUAUGCGCGACACAUCUUCGCCAAAGGUGAUCGUCGAUGCCACACUCAAAGCAUUCGGCUCCGAAAUCCAUAUCCUCGUGAACAACGCCGGUGUUGCCCUAAGCAAAAGUCUCUCGGAGAUGACGCUACCAGAAGAUUAUGAUAGUGUCUACGAAGUCAAUGUCCGGGGCGUGAUACUGCUCACUCAGGCUGUCUUGCCGCAUUUACCCGCAUGCUCACGCAUCAUCAAUAUCUCGAGCGUGGGUGCGAGGGCUGGGUUCGCGGGUGUCAGUCUGUAUACGUCGAGUAAGGCUGCGCUGGAGGGGCUGACGAGGAGUUGGGCUGGCGAGUUGGGAGGGAAUGGGACGACGGUUAAUGCUGUGGCGCCGGGCCCGGUGAAGAGUGAUAUGCUGGAUACUAUUGACCCGAAGAUCGUGAAGAUGCAGAUGGAGAAUACGCCGGUACAGAAACGGGUGGGGACGAGUGAGGAGAUUGCGAAUGUCGUGAGUUGGUUGGCUGGACCGGAGAGUGCGUGGGUCAGUGGGCAGGUUCUGUGUGCGAGUGGUGGGUGGAUGAUGUACUGAAUGUGGAGGGGAGCCAGGCGAAGCAGGUACAUUGAUGUUGAUGUCCGGCAUGGAGGGUUGCUGGAGGCAGGCAAGGGCGAUAAUUACGGAUGAGACUGGGGGCGAGGACGACGAUGCAUGAUGGCUGCUUGACAUGCGAGCAUUGCCGGUUGGUGAAGAGAACGCCGCAUGCACAGCUUUGUCGACACUGCUAGAGCUAGACAGAUACA